GUCGGCUUCCGAUUUCCGCUUCUAGUAAAUGAAACAGGAAACGUGAAUAGUUGGAGAAUUAGUUGCAUGCAAAAAUAAUAUUUUCGAACUUUUCCGUAGACAAUAAAGAUGCAGUCGGUGUUUGAUAGUGAAGGUCUCUCCAGGGAGGAUUUAGUACAGCUCUGUAAAUUAGCUGAGCAAGGUGAACGCUAUGAGGACAUGGCAAAUGGCAUGAGGAAAGUUUGCGAAAUGCUAGGCCCAAUUGACGAAGAAUUGUCUACGGAGGAAAGAAAUCUGUUGUCUGUUGCUUACAAGAACGUUGUAGGGGCAAGGCGAUCCACAUGGCGUAUGAUGUCAAUGAUUGAAGCUAAAGAGAAAGAUCCUUCUAGUGAGAAAAGUGUGUACACGCAGAAGUACAAAAAAGUUGUUGAAGCUGAACUGGACAAAAUUUGUUUAGAAGUUCUAGACUUACUAGAGAAUCAUCUGAUUACAAAAGCAAAGAAACCUGAAAGCGAAGUGUUCUUUUUGAAGAUGAAGGGUGAUUACUUCAGGUACCGAGCUGAAUACACACCAGAAGACAAAAAGCAGGAUGUUCAGAAUAAAGCAGAAGAAGCUUAUAAUGAGGCGAUGGAGGAAGCGAAAAAGAACAUGAAACCAACUCAUCCAAAUAGGCUUGGCUUAGCAUUGAAUUUCUCUGUCUUUUAUUACGAAAUUCAGAAUGCCUCAGAUAAGGCAUGUCAGCUAGCAAAGUCUGCAUUUGAUGAUGCAAUUGCAGAAUUGGACAAUUUAGAUCCUGAAUCUUACAAAGACAGUACACUGAUAAUGCAGUUGCUGCGUGACAAUUUAACACUCUGGACAUCUGACAGUCAACAGGAACAAGAAGCUGACAACUGAAAUGGGUUCACAUGACUAAAAUUUGUAUUCAAAUUAUAUCCUACUUUUAGAAAUAUGGAAAUAAUGGUCUCCUCGCUGACAACAAGAUUUAUGAUGGACAUAACGGGUUCGCAUAUAGUGUGGCUAUCGUUUUUGAUAAAUCCAAUAAGACCUGUAGCAGAACUAAAAUGAUUAGUCAAGGUUGUUUUAAUGUAAUUACUACAAAGAUGAUGUGAAAGUAAUAUGCUACUUUGCUAGAUAUUCUAAACAAAAUACGAGUUAUCAGGUCAAAAAUAUCCUUCUAUUGUUAUUAAAAAGAAAACGUAAUGAAACUAGUGCAAGCAUAACAUGAUAAAUAUAUUACUUGGUCUACAUUCACGAUGAAUCUUUAUGUACACUUUCUAUGACAAAAAAGUAUCAACCUUUUUGGCAGAUACAAUAUACUGAAGUUAUAAACCGUAAGUGAAAUGUUAUAAAUGUAACAGAGUGCUUCAUCUAUAUCUAAUUAUGUAAUACACAGAUUGGUUGCAGUUGGGGAAUCCCUGUGAUCUGACUAGAUUUGAGAUUAUGCGAUCAAAUAUUUGUUGUGUUAUAUUGCACUAAAUUUGGCGAUUGUUAAAAGUUCACUUCGUCUUGGAUUUUUAGAGGGGACUAUUUGGGCCAAAACUGAAAUAAAGUUUCCCCUUCACACACCUACCUACAAAAAAGGUUGGCCUAGGUUUCUUGUAAAUGCUUUCACUGUUACAGAUGUCAGUCAUGUCUUCGGCACCAUGAAGUGACUAUGUAGGGAAAAUAACAUCAUCCUCCUAAGUUUACAUUUUGUCAAAAUAAUCAUUAGUAAUGCCCCUUUUUAAAUUGAAGAUGAAGUAAUACUGACUAAAAUAUUCUUAAACUUAUUUUAGAAGUUUAAUUUUCCUGCAAUGGAUGGAAAUGAUAUUUGAUUGAACAAAAAGAAAUAGGAUAGUUAACAUUUUACUAAGAAUAAGUUUGGGGCAAGGUCAGUUCUGGUGCCCAGGAUGGUCUUAGCAUUCCAAACAUAUUUUUUAGGAUUUUGUCAAAAUAAUUUUAGACUAUUGUAGAUUUUUCUAUCGGUAUGUAGUCUGUUAUUUAAACAACUUUUAGCUCACAUGAUGUUUUAGAGGUGAACUAUUGUGAUCACUGGCUGUCUUUUGUCUGCCGAUUUACCAUCCAUUCACAGAUUUCUUCAAACCCUCUGUGAUAGAAUCCAUCGGGAAUGAGGUGCUGAGAGUAAUUAGUGCUAGUUGUAGAUCUAUGUUGCUUCAAAAGCGACUUAAUAAAUGAAUAGGAUAAGGUAUAAACUAAAUUUUCUUUAACAACAUCUUUUGAUUAGCCUUAAAGUUCCUUGGAUGGUCCUUUUCGAAAAUUUAUGCAUGGUUGCAUAUAGGGAGCUGUGAAACUCUGGUGAGCGGUAUAAGGCCGUCAUAGCCACCUCGAUACUUGAUCACAAUGAAUGAAAGUGUUGCCUCUUCAUGUUUUUAAGUUUAUUUGAAACACAAACUGAAUAUUUGAGAUUUUGUUCACAUAUAUUUUUAUUGUAUUGUACAUUCAUAAUUUGUUUAAGUGUUAAGUUUGUCUGUUAUCACUGUUCUUAGUGUUGUCAACCUCCCAUCUUAUAUAAAGAAUGCUUUAAAUGUUAACUUCCUUGAUUGUAACUAAAUUUAUCAAAAAAGUAUUUGCAAAUAUUUGAAGUUCAAACUUGUAAGUUACAAGUCUUCCUUUAUUUACGAACUGGGAUAAGGUUCUUUCAAAAUGGUUUAAAUUUGCUGUUAACAGAUGGGGUUUUGAGAAGUUUUAUUAAAAUAUAGAGAAAAUAUGAGUUGCAUUUCUUAUAUAUACGAAGGAAAAUGCUAAUUUUACUCAUUUCUGUAUGUGAUAACAUGCAUAAUUGGAGGUAUAAAAAUCAUGUUCUUUAUUAAUAAUAAUUAAUAAUGGCCAUAUAGACAGCUUAAAGAAAUAGGUUCAUUUUAAGCACGCACAUAGAAGCUUUUUUAGUAUUUUAACAAACGGAUCAUACACUGAAAUUUCAAAGUAGGCCAUGUAUAUUUGUAAGACAUUUUAGUAUCACAGACGUUAACGCUUUAAUUAUAUGACAAAAGAAUAAAUGGUAAAUCUUA